AUGCCAGACUCAGCACAAAUCAACCGCUCCCUCUCCACCAUCCGCACGGAACUCGAAUUCCUCCAAGCAAGCAACGUCCUCUCACCGCCUCAAUUCCAAUCCAUCAUGGCUCAGUUACCUCAGCAAAAUGGCCAACCCUCGAAUUAUAUCGAUUUGAGGUAUAACCCCAAUCCGCAGCAGCAGUUCAAUCCAGGAGCCAUGGCCCAGCAGGCGCAGGAUCCGGCGCAUCCUGCUAAUCCGCAGAAUCCUAAGCACCACGAAUGGGUAAAGAACAUGGCGAGCAAGUUUGGCAAUGCGGCUAUGUUUGGUGCUGGAGCGACUUUUGGCGGGGAUAUGGUGAAUGAUGUUUUGAAGCAGUUUUGA